AUGAACCAUUAUUACCUAACUAGUAGACUGCAUGUAACUGUUUAUUAUUACAAAAUAUAUCUGGAAAAAUCCACUAAAAUGUCCAUGCUCGUUAAGCUUGCGAUGGUUGCGGUGCUGAUUGUGGCCAUAAUUAACAUGGUGCUAAUUGAUGCUGAUACUGCAACCAAUUGCGCCAAAUAUUGUUGCGGUUUGUGUGGCAAUAGCUCUAUACCACAGGCCGACAAUUGCAACAAAUAUUGUUGCUACCCCGGCGCUCCUUGUAAUGCUUCAUAGUAAAUUGAAAUGCAAUUUACCACGGUUAUAAUUAUUAAAUUAGUUAGUUUCAUAAGUUACAAUUAAUGUAAUCUAUUUCGUAGAAUAAUAAUUAGAUUUAUCGUAUUGUAUUUUGUAGAAUAUAAAUUAGAUUUUUAAUUUCAAACCGUGAUGUAUUUGUAAACUUUUAUCAAGUUUGAAAUAAAAAAAUAGUUUUAAAGUAA